AUGUCUGUUUUUUCUCUCGUUUUUCUCAUUGUUUUCUUCGCUUUUAUCGCGAAAUCCGACGAAAAAAGUCCCGAUUUUUCCACAAUUCAAACGCUUUUCGAUUUAGACGUCAAAUGCUUUCAAGAAAUCGACGAAAAGUUUUGUCACAAAAAGUAUUUGAAUUCUUUUGACGGAAUUCCGCCCGAAAUCGGAGCCAAUCAGGAGUCAGAGAAAUACAAACAACUGGUCUGUUGCAAUACUUGGCGUUAUUUCGACUGCGUUUCGGACGACGUCUCGAAAACAUGUCUUUCCUCUGACGUCACGCGUCUGUCGGUCUUCACGUCGGAAGUGAACGAAGUGACGAUCUAUUGUCUGGACUACCCGUACGAGAGCUACCGGUGCUGGCGAUUCCCGCUCUGGGCAGUCGUUGUGUGCGUUUUGGUCGCCAUUGCGCUCAUAAUCGGCGCCGCAUUUGGCGUUUGGUUUUGGCGCCGAAAACAGAGAAUAACUUAUUGGCGAAGAAGAAGGAAGUACUGAAAGAAUAGGUUUUUCUGCCGAUUAUUAUCGACUGAUUAUCGCCUGUCAUGUGAUCACAAACUCUUAACAUUUCUUUUCAAUAAAAGUUGUUUUUAUCGACA